AUGACGAAAAGAAAAAUUUUUGACGGAGCUAUUGGGAUCGAUCUUGGCACUACUUAUUCUUGUGUAGCCGUUUUGCAGCACGGAAAAGUAGAAAUUAUUGCUAAUGAUCAAGGAAGUAGAACUACGCCUUCGUAUGUAUCGUUCCACGAUAACUUUAGAGAUAUUGGCGGGGCGGCCAAGUCUCAGUGUGCUAUGAAUCCUGAAGGCACUAUCUUUGACGCCAAGCGUUUGAUAGGAAGAAAUUUUGAUGAUGAAACGGUGCGUUUAGACAUAAAACUUUGGCCUUUUAAAGUAGUUAAUAGAAAGAAUAAACCAGUUAUACAAGUUCGCUAUCAAGGCGGCCUCAAAGACUUUUAUCCCGAACAAAUUUCUGCAAUGGUGCUGGAAUAUAUGAAGGAAACGGCGGAAAACUAUUUAAAUCAGAAAGUCACUAAGGCAGUAGUCACUGUCCCCGCCUACUUUAACGACGCCCAGCGGCAAGCUACUAAAGAUGCCGCCGCGAUUGCUGGUCUUGAGUGCUUGCGGAUCAUAAAUGAACCCACCGCAGCCGCCAUCGCAUAUGGCCUCGACGGGCCGACCGCCACAUCUAAAGGAAAAAAUGAGCGAGUCGUGCUGAUUUUUGAUCUCGGCGGUGGCACUUUUGAUGUUUCUUUGCUCACCAUCGAAGGCGGGAUCUUCACCGUGAAGGCCACUGCGGGGGACACCCAUUUGGGCGGCGAAGAUUUUGACCAGCGCUUGCUGGGAUUUUGUCUUGAGCAAUUUAAAAGUAUACACAAAGUUGAUAUUUCCGCCAACCCACGUGCUGUCCGCCGUCUGCGGUCGGCAUGCGAGCUUGCCAAGCGAAAUUUAUCGGCGCUUGCUCGCACGGAAAUCCAGGUGGACGCGCUUUAUAACGAUAAGGAUUUCUCGCUGGUUAUAACACGUGCUAAAUUCGAAGAGCUGUGCAUGGAUUUGUUUGUGGGCUGUUUGAAACCAAUAGAAAAAGUGCUUAGCGACGCCCACAUGGCCAAAAACCAAGUCGAUGAUAUUGUGUUAGUGGGCGGGUCUACACGUAUUCCGAAAGUACAAGCACUUCUUAGAGAAUUUUUUAACGGGAAGGAGCUCUGCUCGUCCAUCAAUCCCGACGAGGCUGUCGCCUACGGCGCUGCCGUACAGGCCGCAGCCCUCACCGGCCAUGACCCCGCCACCACUGCGCACAUGCUGCUGCUGGACAUUGUACCUCUCUCACUGGGAAUUGAGACGGAAGGAGGCCUCAUGUCCGUGGUUGUCCCUCGAAACACUUGCAUUCCGUGCAUCAAGACGUCCAUGUUUACAACCACUGCGCCCAAUCAGAGGAGCGUGGAAUUCCCCGUCUACGAGGGUGAGCGGCCUUUGACACGUGACAAUAACCUGCUAGGGCAAUUCUGCCUAAAGGGAAUAAUGCCUGCCCCCGCGGGGGUUCCUGAACUCGAGGUCACUUUUAACAUUGACGCUAAUGGCAUAAUGAACGUGUCCGCCAGAGACGUGUCGUCCGGCCAGGAGUCCCACGUGGUCAUCGAGAAUAACCGAAACGCCCAUUCGCAGGAAGAUAUUGAACGAAUGAUCCACGAGGCCAAGUUGUACGCCAGCGAAGACCAGAAAAUGAAAAAUGAAAUUGAGCAAAGUUUACUGCGCGAUUUGGAUGCUUUUACUUUUUAAUUAUUAUUAU